UAAACCAUAGAAACAGGAAAACACCCACAUCCAGUUCAAAUGCUUAAAAGCAAGAAGAGAUGAAUGGAAGUAACACAACCAAAUCAAAAGCUUCACCAUGACGCCAAUGAAGAAAGGAUCAUCAAUCCCCGCAAUUUUCAUGCACGCAGAUGGAUUCGACAUUGUGUUGAUGACAAUCGGCUUCUUCGGAGCCAUCUGCGAUGGCUUCUCAAUGCCCGUUCUGCUUCUCGUCAGUAGCAAAAUAUUGAACACGUUUGGUAAUCACAAUACCAUGUCAAUCCACAGUUUCAAUCAAAGCAUCAAACAUCAGGCCUUGAUUAUGUGUUACGUCGCAUUUGGGCAAUGGCUAGCAACCUUUCUUGAGGGGUAUUGCUGGACGAGAACAGCAGAAAGGCAGGCGGCUACAUUAAGGACAACAUAUUUGAAGGCAGUGCUCAGGCAAGAAGCUGGCUUCUUUGAUUUACAAGUUACAAGCACUGCAGAGGUCAUUACCAGCGUUUCCAAUGAUAGUCUUGUAAUUCAAGACUUCAUCAGUGAAAGGCUACCGGUGUUCUUGAUGAACGUAUCAAACUUUGUCGGAGCAUAUAUCGUAUCGUUUGUUAUGCUAUGGAGGCUAGCUAUAGUGGUAUUCCCGUUUGCAAUAUUGCUGGUAGUACCAGGCUUGGUUUAUGGUAAAGUGCUUAUGGGUAUUGCCAGAAAGAUCAGGAAAGAGUAUAGCAAGGCGGAUGAAAUCGCGGAACAAGCCAUUUCCUCCGUCCGGACGGUUUACUCUUUCGUCGGGGAAAAUGAAACAUGUGCAAGAUUCUCCUCUGCACUCAAAAGAACAGUUCAGCUAGGACUUCGGCAAGGUCUAGUGAAAGGUUUCGCUGUCGGUAGUGCCGGAUUGUCUUUUGCACUUUGGUCUUUGACGGCCUAUUACGGCAGCAAACUGGUCGUGUACCAUGGUGCCAAAGGAGGAACUAUUUUUGCCAUUGGUCUUGCCCUCAAAACCGGAGGAGCGUCGUUGGGGUCUGCUUUACCACAUCUAAGAUACUACUCGGAAGCUUGUGAAGCGGCAAAAAGAAUUGACAAAAUGCUGGAAAGAGUGCCCAAGAUUGACUCAGAGGACAUGGAAGGAGAAAUCCUACAAAAUAUUUCCGGGGAGAUUGAAUUUAAGCAUGUGGAAUUUGCGUAUCCAUCAAGACCAGAAAGCCUAAUAUUAAAGGACUUCAACCUUAAAAUCCCAGCUGGAAAGACUGUUGCUUUGAUCGGAGAAAGUGGCAGUGGAAAAUCAACAGUUGUGGCUUUAUUGCAAAGGUUUUAUGACCCAGUUGGAGGCCAUAUUCUGCUUGACGGAGUGAGCAUUGAUAAGCUGAAGCUGAAAUGGUUAAGGUCCGAGAUAGGGCUAGUAAAUCAAGAGCCUGCCCUUUUCGCAACUACCAUUAAAGAUAACAUACUUUUUGGAAAAGAAGAUGCAUCAUUUGAGGAUGUUAUGGAGGCUGCGAAAGCUGCUAAUGCUCAUGACUUCAUUUCUCAACUAUCACAGGGUUAUGAAACUCAGGUGGGAGAAAGAGGUAUUCAAAUGUCUGGAGGACAGAAGCAGAGAAUAGCUAUUGCAAGAGCUAUCAUUAAGGCACCAAAAAUUCUCCUUCUAGAUGAGGCAACAAGUGCACUCGACACUGAAUCAGAGAGAGUUGUUCAGGAAGCUUUGGACAAUAUAACCAAUGGGGUUACCACAAUCAUCAUAGCCCAUCGUCUUUCUACCAUCCGAAACGCCGACUACGUUGCUAUGGUCCAAAAUGGACAGGUUGUGGAGUUUGGUUCACACGAUGAGCUUAUUGAGCACGAAAACAGCUUAUACAGAUCCCUUAUUCGCUUGCAGCAAUCUGAUACCGCAACUUCGGCUACAGUUCCAUCAAUCAUUCCAGACAGUUUAGGCACUCGAAGAGGAGAAAUACCUUUUGGCAGGUCUAAUUCAAGUAACUCUGUUCCAAAUCAUGAAGUAAAUGAUAUUGAACGCAUCUCGAGUGACAAAACUUCAACCGUAGUUCCAUCAUUUAGAAGCCUGCUUGCUGAGAAUUCGCCGGAAUGGAGACAAGCACUAGCAGGUUGUAUAAGUGCCAUGUUGUUUGGCGCGGUCCAACCCUUAUUUGCUAUUGUAUUGGGAGGAGCAAUAGGGGCAUUUUUUUCAUCAGGUCAAAUAGAGAUUAGGAGGAAGAUUGAAAUAUAUUGUAUGUAUCUCGUGGGGUUUGCCUUGUUUUCUUUCUUGAUAAACAUAUGCCAGCAUUACAACUUUGCAGCUAUGGGGGAGUCCUUGACACAAAGAGUUAGAGAAAGAAUGCUUUCAAAAGUACUCACAUUUGAAAUCGGGUGGUUUGACGCUGAAGAAAAUUCAACUGGCGCUAUUUGUUCAAGCCUGGCUAAAGAUGCUAAUGUGGUAAGGUCAUUAGUUGGGGAUCGAAUGUCACUUCUUGUCCAAGCUCUUUCAGCAGUGACCAUUUCCUGCACAAUGAGUAUGAUCAUUUCCUGGAAAUUUGCAUCGGCGAUGAUAGCAAUUCAACCUCUUUCUAUCGGUUGCUAUUACUCGAAGUAUAGGCUCUUAAAAACUAUGUCUCGAAAAGCCAUCAAAUUCCAAAAUGAAAGCAGUAGGAUUGCUGCAGAAGCUGUCUCGAAUAUCCGAACCAUCACUGCAUUCAACUCCCAGUAUCGCAUGCUACAAAUGCUCAGAAAAGUCCAAGAUGAAGCACAUCAAGAAAGUGUCCGACUAUCAUGGCUUGCUGGAAUCGGUCUUGGCACGUCCAAUUGUGUCCUUUUACUGAUUUGGCCUCUUGCUUGUUGGUAUGGAGGCAAGCUUAUAGCGGCUGGUUCUCUUAAAAUAGAAGCUUUUUUCCAAGUUUUCAUCCUUCUAGUGAGCGUUGGUCGUGUUAUUGCUGAAGCCGGAACAAUGACAAAUGAUAUAGCCAAAGGGUCUGAUGCAGUUAGCUCAGUUUUUGCUGUCCUAGACCGAUGCUCCAAGAUUGAACCUGAAGAUCCACAUGCCUAUAAAGCCAAUAAGAUAACAGGUCAAAUAGAACUACUUGGUAUUGAUUUUGCAUACCCAUCUAGACCAAAUGUCAUGAUCUUCCGAGAAUUUUCACUUGAAAUCGAGGCUGCAAGAUCAACCGCAAUAGUAGGACAAAGCGGGUCAGGAAAAUCUACAAUAAUCAGCUUGAUUGAGAGGUAUCAUGAUCCUUUAAAGGGGAUUUUAAAAGUAGAUGGUAGAGACAUAAGGUCAUAUCAUUUAAGAUCAUUAAGACAACACAUUGCUCUAGUGAGCCAAGAGCCCGUGUUGUUUGGUGGUACCAUACGCCAAAACAUAACAUAUGGGGCGUCAUUAGAUGUCGUCGAGUCCGAGGUAAUUGAAGCAGCAAAGGCAGCAAAUGCUCAUGAUUUUAUCACAGGAUUAAAGGAUGGUUAUGACACAUACUGUGGUGAUAAGGGAUCGCAACUGUCCGGAGGCCAAAAGCAACGGAUUGCCAUAGCUCGAGCAGUGCUGAAAAAUCCAUCAGUAUUGCUGCUGGACGAAGCUACCAGUGCACUUGACAGUCAAUCAGAAAAUGUGGUACAAGAUGCACUUAAUCGUGUGAUGAUAGGCCGGACCAGUGUAAUUGUGGCACACAGGCUGAGUUCGAUACAAAACUGUGAUGACAUUGUCGUUUUGGACCAUGGUAAAGUAAGUGAGAGAGGAACACAUUUUUCGUUACUGGCUAAGGGUAUCAACGGAACCUAUUUCUCUCUUGUAGGCCGUCAAAUGACAACCCCUACUCCUCAAUUCACAGACUGAGUCCGCAAAUAUGUUUGGUUUUUUACUGUUCAGACUUGUAGCUUGAAACAUACUGAAUUCAAGUUAACAUUUUAUGGCUUAUGUAUCAGUGAAAAAAAUAAAAUAAAAUGCAACAAAGCGUCCUUCGACUUUAGAUUUUGGAGCCAAGUAGCAUGACUAUGAGAC